GAAUACGAGAUAAUUAGAUCAUCUAACAUCAAAUGGUCGCGGUGGUGGAACCCGGGUAGUUAUCGUCACUCAGGAGGUCAGGAGAUCAGUAAUUGCUGUCGUGGCUGAGCUGCUGAGCUGUUGGAUUUUCACCACUAAUUAUCCCCCUGUGAUAUCAGUGCCCAGUAGAUAUUAUAAAAAACAUAUCCCCUUCCCAGAAACUUCCUCGCAUCCUGCCAGUCAUCGUUUGACCCAAGGCUUUUCACCGCGCUCGCCGUAAGACAAAAUGCCGAUUGCCACAGACGAGGCCACUGCCGAGUCUUCAUCCGCAGCAACGGAUAGCGAAACUGCCGCUGCUCGGGAGGCGUGGGACAUUGAGCAUGAGGAGAAGGCCCACCAGAUCGCCGAAGGUGACCUGAAUCUCAGACUCAAACAAAACCACAAGGGCAUUAUCCUCCUCUGGCUGGCCUGGCAGAGCACUGGUGUCAUCUACGGGGACAUCGGCACCAGUCCGCUCUAUGUCUAUAGCUCUACAUUCACUUCUCAGCCAUCGUAUGACGACCUCGUCGGCGCCCUCUCCAUCAUCAUCUGGUCGCUGACUCUCAUCGUCACCGUAAAAUACUGCUUCAUCGUGCUCUGCGCCGAUGACGACGGACAGGGUGGCACAUUUGCCCUAUAUUCCCUCCUUGCGCGCUACGCCAAAAUUGUGCGGCGCGAUCCCAACGUCUCCGGAAUGGUCCGCCUCGAGCGCCAGCGAACCGGCGACAUGAAGCCCGCCGGCAGAAACGUCCGGGCGUUUCUCGAACACAGCCCCGUCUCGCAGGGCCUCCUCAAGGCCUUUGGGGUGCUCGGCGUCUCCAUGGUGAUGGCCGAUGGCGUUCUCACUCCGGCCCAGUCCGUCCUCGGCGCGAUCCAAGGCAUUCGAGUCGCGAACCCGGACUUGGGCACGAGCGCCAUUGUCGGCAUCUCGUGCACCAUUCUCGUUGCCCUCUUUCUGAUCCAGCCGCUCGGCACAACCAAGGUCGGCACCGCAUUCGCGCCCAUCGUCGUCAUCUGGCUUCUCUUCAACUUGUGCAGCGGCAUCUACAACUUGGCAGUCCACGACCACACCGUCUUGAAGGCUUUCAGUCCUGGUUAUGCGUUUGCCUACCUCGUCCGCAACGGCCGCAAGGGGUGGGAAUCCCUCGGGGGUCUCCUUCUGGCUUUCACCGGUGUCGAGGCUCUUUUCGCCGACCUCGGCGCCUUUGGGAAACGCGCCAUCCAGCUGUCGUGGCUCUGCCUUGCGUUCCCGUGCCUGCUCUUCGCCUAUAUCGGGCAAGCGGCGUUCAUUUCGGCUGAUAAGAGCCAGACUGCAUUUACAAACCCCUUCUUCAAUGCCGUGCCGCCGGGAACCUUAUAUUUCAGUCUGGUUAUCGCUGUCCUGGCGGCCAUUGUCGCCAGCCAGGCGAUGAUCACGAGCUCAUUUCAGCUCUUGUCCCAGGUCAUGAGGCUGAGCUAUUUCCCCCACAUCAAAACCGUGCACACGAGUCGGCAGUUCCAUGAACAGGUGUAUAUGCCCCUGGCGAACUGGCUGCUGAUGAUCGGCACUGUCAUCGUUACUGCAGUCUACAACAAUACAACCAGCCUCGGGAACGCUUAUGGUGUGUGCGUCAUCAUAGUCACCAUGAUCACGACCUGCAUGGUGUCUCUUGUGGCAAUCAUCAUUUGGCGCAUCCCGUUAGUGAUUGUCCUUUUCUUCUUCGCCAUGUUCGCCUCCUUAGAUGGCGCGUAUAUGUCCUCGGCGCUCCGGAAGGUCCCGGAGGGCGCUUGGUUCACACUCGUCCUGGCCUUCGUCCUCGCAAGCAUUUUCGUCUUAUGGAGAUGGGGCAAAGAACAGCAGUGGGCCGCCGAAGCCACGGAUCGCGUCGUGCAGUCCCAGCUGCUUCAGCUGUCGCGCACUCCACCGGCGGACGCCGACACAAAGAAGGACAGCAGCAGCAACGCUCCUCCGCAACUGAGUCUUACCGAGGCCUUUGGCGGAGGAGACCUCUCGACGGCGUCGGGCCUGGGCAUCUUCUUCGACAAGACAGGAGGCGGCGGCGGUGGCGGUGACGACAUCGUCCCCCGGGUUUUCACGCAGUUCAUCCGCAAGUUCAAGGCGCGGCCCGAGCUGAUCGUCUUCUUCCACAUGCGGCCGCUCUCGGUGCCCACGGUCCCGGCCGAGGAGCGCUUCGUCGUCACCCGAGCCAACCGCCACAUGCCGUCGUCCUAUCGCGUCACCCUACGCCACGGGUACCUGGACAACGUCCUGACGCACGACCUCGGUCUCAUCAUCGUGGAGCAGCUGGCAAGUUUCAUCCGAGGCGGGGUCGCGGACCCCGGAUUGCCGCUCGAGAACCUACCUCCUGCUGUGCGGAACGAGAUCGACGCGCUUGGCUGCUCCAAAACCGCCCAGACGGUGUAUAUCCUGGGGAAAAUGGUGAUGCGGGUCCGGCCGGUGCCUGGCAGCCUCAUCAGGCGAUUCAUAAGGACUGUCAUGCUCAGGUCUUACCUCUGGAUCCGGGAGAAUUCAAGGACCAAGCUUGCAGAUCUCGACUUGGACUAUGACAACCUGGUCGAGGUCGGCUUUGUAAAGGAAAUCUGAUCUGGGCUGGCUUUCCUAGGUUCCCCCCCCCCUCCCCCCCCGCCCCCACGCCGCACCCUUCGUUCCCCCAUACUUUCUUCCGGGAGGAACCCCAAUAGACUCAGGCUUUGUUGAUAUGAAGACUUAUUUAGUGGCUAAGCGUAAUAAUUGAUGCUUUGGGUAUGAUCCUCUUAUG